GGGUAUUAAGAGUGGUUGGUCUUACCCUGCAGUGUUGGACAGGUCUCUAUCUUCUGGAACAGUAGGACAUCCAUUUGUUUGAUCAUACGACUGCAGUCAUCACAAUGUGGUCAACAAUUUUCUGCGCAUGCGCGUGGAUUGCCGUUAGUCAGGCAGCCACAUUACCGGAAGCGCUCCACUACAUCGGGGUCGGCUACAAUAUGUUGAAAGGAAAUCCCGACGGGGACUUUUGGGCAAGAGGCGGUGACGACCCAGGCCUCCUCAGCACCCGGAAAGUACUCUCGCUCUCCAGUAACACAGAUGUUCCAGCGGAAAUCGUCUACGAGCACCACGAUCAGUGUCGCCAGGCGCACGAAUUCGCUUUCUUUUACGACCCACAGUCCUAUCAGAAUAAACUCAUGGAAAGAGUACAGUCUUCAGGAACAAACAAUGAUGCGCUGAAGGCUGUUGCGUUCACACAAAGUGCUGGUUUCAAAGCUGUCGAACAACAGACCAGGCGCGACUUCUACGUGUUCCAGGAUGAUCAGACCACCUGCACAUCCGGUGCCGCGCGCUACAAGCUUUCGCUGGCACAGGGUAGCCAUUACCGCCUCACGGACGAGUUCGCCGCUGCCGUCUGCUCACUUCCGCUCCAGUACAACCCUCAAGCAUAUAAGGCCUUCCUGGACACGUGGGGCACGCAUGUUACGUCUGCGGUGGAAACUGGCAGCAAGGUCAUUAAACGUUACGUCUCCCCGGUGAAAACGUUUGUUGAAUCCGUAAUGGUAAACUCUUCCCGUGACGUCUCAAUUGGUGGAGCUUACAUGAACCACGCCUCCUCUCUCGUUGUUGACGUACCUGCUUUCCGUUACCGCCAGCAGUAUCGCAACGUUGUCGGCGUGCUGGAGGACACCCUCAGCCUUGGCAGUGAGGCCAACCCGGAACCCAUCGGCUACUCAAUGGUGGUGAUUAGCGACAUGCUGGACUCCUCCCACUGGCAGUCAAUUGAUGACCUCAAGAACCGCGGCCUUUGCCCGCCCAGCACCGAAGCCGCCCUGACGUACUUCCGCACAAACCUCGAGAAGGCCAUCAACGAGUACGCCGGUGCUCUCGGCGCCGUCCCACCAAUCUCGACACCCCUUGCUAUCCCGGUGACCUGGCCCCAGGGCACGUACUCAUUCGCUAAGCCCAAGAGCGGGUGCCCGGCCGGGGACUUUACGUGGUACGAAGGUUGGCGGCUCCAGGACACCGAGACCCAGUCGCCCGACAACGCUUGGUCCGUCAACAACCAUUUCGCAGGGAAACUUGCGGCCGGCGAGAUGCAGCUGGAGUUCUGUACCAAGGGCGAGGCUGAGCCCACCGACUUUGACCGCAACUGGCCCGCUGGAGACUACUGCAUCUUCAAAUACGGAGCAUGCCCCGCUGGCUUCGAUGAGGGUUACGUGUUGUGGGACGAUGAAGACAGCAUGAACAGGAACGACUGGCAGGGUGUGCUUCCCGACGGCACCUAUGAUGAAGAUACACUCCAGAGGUACUGCUGCAGGUCCGAUGGAAUGCCGACAGAAGCCAUCGUUUUGCCGACAGACAAGCCUUUCUACCUGUUCCAGUACACGAGGGACGUCUGUCAGAAAGUCGCAAACAUGCAUGUUGCCGAGGAAUGGCUAAGAUGGGACGACGAGGACUUUAAGACACCCAGCGAUUCUAAGAUCGGCGCCGUCCACCCAGAGAUGCAGUUCUGGAACGAGGCUACAGGCGCGAGCGGCAGCGAAAUCUACUACUGCUACUACUCACCACAGAUAUAAGGCUUAGAAGUUUUCUAAUUUAGGAUAAACUUUUCUCAUUUAUGUUUGUGCAUACAUGGUGUUGUUAGGUUGAUAGACUUUGCUUUGACGUGAAAAUUGUUAUAAUAAUGCCAUUUAAGGGUAUAACCGCUCCCUGCAUGUGUGUCAUAUUCACUGAACAGGCAUCAAAACCGCAGAAGUAUACAACACUAUUGAAUGUAUAUUGAACUGAUGUGAAAUUUUAGAUCUGAUCGCAAGCAUUUCUAGGUCAAUUGUUCACAUGUGGGUAAUGAAGCUCUGUGUUUGUAUGUACUCUAAUCAUUCCAUAUAGAAACCUUGUUAUAUUUAAUCAUUGUAUCAUUCCAAAUGUGUGAAUUGUAUGCCAUACGUCUGUAGAGAAUAGUGACAUAAUA